UAUUACAGAAAAAGAAGAAGAAUAGGAAGCGGUCGAAGAACACGGAGUCGCCAUUGGAGUUUUCCCUUAAAGUGCUGCACUUGCUUUAAUGAAACUAUCACACGCAGAAUUCGGAGGUCAACUUUCACUCGGAGAGCAAACGUAAUGCGUAAAUGAAUAAUUGUUAGUCCUCGACUCGACUGUUUUCUGGUAGCUAGUGAUUAGCCAGAUAGUUUAGCUAGCUAGCUUGUUUGAUCUGCCGACACGAUGUUUCGCGGGCGAAAGCUCAUCAGACCGCCAAGGAUUGACGGACCACCAUGCAACAUGGGUCCACACCCGGCCUGGGGUCCUCCACCAUGGGGAGGAUGGGGCCCGCCCCCGCCCGGCGGAUGGGGCCCGCCUCCGCCCGACGGAUGGGGCCCACCUCCGCCCGACGGAUGGGGCCCGCAUCCGCCCGACGGAUGGGGUCCGCCGCCGCCCGACGGAUGGGGCCCCCAUGCGCCCGACGUAUGGGGUCCGCCGCCGCCCAACGGAUGGGGUCCGCCGCCGCCCGACGGAUGGGGCCCGUAUCCGCCCGACGGAUGGGGUCCACCACCGCCCGGUGGAUGGGGCCCGCCUCCUACUGGAGGCUGGGGUCCCCCUCCCCACGGUUGGGGACCUGAGUCGUGGGAACCCUCGCCAUUUCCACCCCCUCCGGCCACUGUUCCACCUCCUCCGGCCGGUGUUCCACCACCCAGUUCUCUUCCCAUACCUCCUUUGGGCUUCCCGUCUGGAUGCACGGGAGAGGUGACGCCGGAAAAUGCCGACUGGCCCCCUGGCACCACCCCAGCUGAAACUCAAAAGACGGCGACGGAGAGCAGCGCUCUUGCAAAUGCUGAAGACUCGGCCCCCAAAGCCGAGGAGGAACCUGCCAAGGCCACCAAGCUGCUGUUCAACCUUCUGGGAAAGCGCGAGGUCGAUAAGCCCCCCGCAGGGAGGUCCACUGGAAUCAUCUCCUUCAUUGGGCCCUCAUUUGGUCAGAUCAAGCGGGAAGACCAGAAGAAGUUCUCAUUCAGCUUUAAGGGGUUCUUCGGGGACCCCAAAGCGAUGAAGGCCGGCGUCCGCGUCCACUUCACCGCCUGCAAGGGGAAGAAACAUCAUAUUGCCACAGACGUGAAAGUGGCUCCAGGUGGAACCGAGCGCGUGGAUCCAGAAAUCUACGAGGGCGUGGUCAGUCUGCCCAUCUUGGAGCCGCAGCCCGGCGAGCGCCAGUUCCCCGGUCAGGUCUUGAUCCACAUCGAUCGUCUGAAGACCAACCUGACCUUCGACAGGAAAGACAGCGUGGUGACGCUGCUGAAGGAUGACCGGGUUCUCAUCAACCUGCUGACUGACAUCGCCACGGAAAAGCGGCGCGCCACCAACAUCCGACCCACGAUUCCCUCCACCUUUGAGUUCACCAAAGAGACCCGAGAGAAGGGAAUCAUCGCCAGUGUCAAGGACUGCGAGGGCGUCAUCCGGUCUGACACACACGGCGAGCUCCCUUUCGAUAUCAUGGAGAACUUCAGCGAGAUUGAUUUUACCUCCGAGGACGUCAACGAGGAAGUGGAAUUCACCUUGCACGAGCGGCGAACGGGUAACCAGGCCAUCCGGAUUCGUCGGGUGAAGGAGAACCUGCUGCUGACGCUCUGUAGCCCCUCGUCAAAGGACACGGACCUCGACGCCGGCAAAAAUUCUGCCAACCAGAGCACACACGAUACACGGAAGCUGCUGCCCAACAUGUGUCUGGACCCGGAGCUGUAUGAGGGUGUGGUUAGCCAGCCCAUCAUUGAGCCCAAGGCCGACAUGGACGGUUACCCGGGCCAGAUCCACGCCAACAUUGGCACCAUCCGAACCAACGUGACCUUCGACCAUAGGGACUGUGGCGUGACUCUGCUGAAGAACGACCAGGUGCUCCUCAGCCUGCUGGUGGACAUGACAACCUACAAGAAGAGAGCGGCCAACAUCAAACCCAAGAUCCCGUUCACCUUUGCCCACACUAACGAGAAGCGACAACUGGGCGUCAUCAACAGCCUCGGAGACAGCGAGGGCGUCCUCACCUGUGAGGAGCACGGCGAGCUGCCUUUCGACCGCUCUGAAAACUUCAGCGACACAGAGUUCAGCCAAGACGACGUCAGCAAGGAGGUGGAGUUCACGGUGGUCCUGGUGAAGGAGAAGAAGAGGGCCGUCAGGAUGCGGAGGACCAAGAUGGUGGAGGACCAGAUCGUGACGGAGAAAAGGAGGAAGGAAGAGGAGGAGCAGCAGAAGGAAAAGAAGCGUAAGGAGGCGGUGGCGGCGGCACUUACAGCUGCCAAAGAAAAGUGGACGCCGCUUGGCUUCAAUACCUCACUGCCCUAUUCCUCGGACAAAAUCAGCAAGGAGCGAUUUGAUGGCACCGUCCUCAAAGUCCCCACAAAACCCAUCAAGAAGGAACCUAAAGACGAGGAGCCAGGUGGCGGAGCUGAGAGCGCACAAAUAAAAGCUAACAUGGACGUCAACAUUAAAAAGGAGGAGGAGGAUCAGGAGGUGAAAACUGAAAGACCAGAGGAGGAAAAGAGCAAGGAGGAGGCUGGAGGCGGAGCUGAGAGUCAGUCAUCUCCCCCUGAGGAGCUGGGGCGAUUGGUGAUGACCGUGGAAGGCCAGCAGAAGGUGCUGACCUUUGGCCUGACCGACAUGCUGACCAGAGCCACCAUGCUUGUAGGAGACAAGGUGCGCUUCAACCUGGCCACCGAUCAGGAGAAAAAAGCAGAACGGGCCACAUUUGUGGAAAUUCUUCCCAGCUCCUUUGAAGAGUCCACAAAAGAACGGAGACAUGGUAUUGUGAUUGAGUUCUCUGAGCAUUCAGGACUCAUUAAGUGCUCGGAGGACCCUCAGCUCUUCUUCUACAUGUUUGAGGUGAUCGAGAAAAAGAAACUGGAGCUGAACGAGAAGGUCGACUUCAGCAUUGUCCCGCAUGAAUUCAUGGAGGGUAGUAACCAGGCCAUCAGGAUCAAACGUUUCACUGAGAAUGUUUUUUUACCUGCACGAAAACUGUGUGCUGCCGCCGCCAGUAAAAAGAAGAUGACCAUCAAUUUGGCAAGACCUUUACAUUUAGAGAAAGACAAACAAAAGGCAGAAAAGCUCAAAAUUACGAUGAAAAAUCUCAGAGCCCAAGAUAAAAAGUCUAGUUUCAACAUACGGGACUAUAGCUGCAGAAGGAGUCCAAGUAGAAGCCGGAGUCGAAGUCCACCCAGUGACAAAUAUAGACACGGAAAUAAGCGCAGACGCAGCAUCAGUCCCGAACGAGACCGCAAAAGCAGCAGGUAUCGACGAAGUAUAAGUCGAAAAAGGUCUCGCCGACGUUCGCAGAGCCGCAGCAGGAGCAGAAGCAUGAGCCGAGACCGAUCGGGCAGGAAGAGGAGCAAAAUCAGUCGAGAGCGUGAAGGACACAAGAGGAGGAUGGAGCCAAGCCUGCCUCCGAGAGGUCGAGUGGAUGAUGAGCUGGCUAGAAAGAAGCGGGAGCUGGAGGAGCUAAAUGAGAUGAUUGCCUACAAGAAGUCACUGGUCGAUCCCAGAGGACUGGACCCUGGACAGAGGACAUGCUUCGACUAUGACCAUGGCAGGGUCACCACCCCUGAGUUCAAACCUGUUCACUCUAUUCUGAAGAAACGACCAGAUGACCUUGAGUACUCCCGUCGCCUUCCUCCACCCUAUGAAGACCCUUAUUAUGGAAGACCAUACCACGAUUCGGGUAGUUACAGUACCCCCUAUGCUCGAGGUCCAUAUGGUGACCCUUCUUACACUGAUCUGCCAUAUGAAAGCCGGCUAUAUGGUAAACCUUCACACGAAGGCCCUUCAACCAGCGGCCGCCCUUACACUGAUCGCUAUGACGUUUAUGAGGAAACGUACGGUGAUCAAUACUACGACCCGACGUAUGGGCACCAGCUUCGUGAAGGUCCAUACCACGACACGGUCAAAAAAAGUCCGUCUCCCAAACCUUCGACACAGACUCGUCAAGUUUAUUCUCCCACAGAAGCGUUGUGUAAUAGCCCGUCCCCAAAGCGGAAAAGUCCAACACCACCUCCAGUCGAGAAGCCUCCACUACAUCGCUUUCUGGACAUGCUUAAAAAAAACGUGACCACUGAAAAGAUGACAGAAGCCGUUGCCGUAAAAGACGAACUUCUGCCACAUGAGCAGCCACUUGAAGAUGGCAAGGGCUUUUCUCGCAUUGUGGGGCUGGUUCAAGAGCCCCCUAGCUCCAGCGUUGUGGCCUUAGAGGAGGAAAAUAAGUUACCAAGCCCCAAACAACUUUCAGCGGAGCCAAACCAGAACAAGACGGAGUCCUUUAGCAAGAUCCAAACUUUGCUGCGCACAUUCGGCCUAAACCUGACUAAGAAUGACAUGACCAAGUUGGCCAGCUGCACCCAGGAAACAACGUACCGCUCAAGGUCCUCGUCCACAGACAGAGAAGUGUCUUCAACACCCCAGGAAGAUCGAAGUACAACCUCUUCAGCUGAGGCGAACCUCAUCCAUCCGACCUCCUCUGUUAGUCCAUCCCCUUUAGAACCGCCGAGCAGGAGGCCCGCUGUCUCCGAGUACGAAGAAUUCCUUAAUCAACAAGAGCUUGAGGCGCUAAAAAAGGCUAGAGAGCUGCAAAGUCUUACAAAGGAGAUGGGAAGCACACCUUCACCUAAACCUCCCCCAGGCCCUCCUCCCGCACACUGCCAACAUCCAUCCCCUCCAAUAAACUGGCCGCCCCUCGACAUUGCUUCAUCUCUCAAAGCUACCCCUAAAUGUUCUCCUGCUACUGGUCGACUUCCUCCUGGACCACCUCCUGGACCCCCUCCCCGGCGAUCUCCUGGACAGCCUCCUUUCAUUGGCAAGCCAGCCUCAGCUCUGCCGCUCGACUUCCCUGCUCAAGCAAAACAGCCAUUGUCCUCAACUGUGAAUGAGGACCAGUCCACAAUCUCUUCGACGGUGGCCAGAUGCCUAAAGGUCAUCGAGUCUGUCAAGUCUCAGUCUGUGAAGCCGGGAGCUAAACCGCUCAAAUCUGUCCAGUUCAGUUUAACGUCAGAGUCAGCCACAAAUUCAUAUUGCCCUGUCGUUGACAUCAAGUCCAAGCAGAAGGAAAAGUUGGACUUGUACAACCAGAAGAUUUUGGAGAAGCGAGACCAGCAGUACAAAGAAAAGCGAGAACUUCUGUACCAAGAAAAGCUAGCCCGCAAGCAAGGCAAGAAGAUGAUGUUCUCUCCAGCCACGGCAGUCAGCAGUGAGCCCAAGAAUGUUUGGAUUUGUGGUCAUUCGCUGGUGUACUGGGCAGAGAUGCGGGCCACGUCUCCAGAGGUAGGUAUGCAGCUUGGCAUGGACCCCAGCAAGGUAGCAAUAUGGUGGAAGGGGGUCCAAGGCAUGACGUGGCCGCAGCUGCUCCCUCUGCUGCACCAGCUCAAAGUCACCUGGCCCGACCCCCACGUCCUUGUUAUGCACCUGGGGGGCAACGACAUGUGCACCGACAGUCCUACCAACCUGCUGGCCUCUGUUAAAAAGGACUUGACCUCCAUGAGGACCAUCUUCCCUCACACGCUCCUCGUUUGGUCCAAUAUCCUUCCCCGCAGGGUGUGGCGCCACUCGGCUGAUGCCCAUGAGGUGGAUCUGGUCCGAAGCACAGUCAACCGCAGAAUCCAAAACAUAGUCUCGGAGUUAGGUGGCGUUUCUUUGGCCCAUGACAACAUCCGCUGUGGCUCACACACAGGCUUGUACCGGCCCGAUGGCAUCCAUUUGUCCCACAAGGGGAUCGACCUGUUCAAUUUGAACCUGCAGGAUUAUCUGGAGAAGUGGGAGGGAGAAAUGAACAACACCUCCGAAUAAGAAAGUGCUUACUUCGUCAGCUUAGCUUCUGUUUGUUGAUUGUAUUGGUUUUUUUUUUUAGUUUUAAUGAUGGGGGUAGACAUCCAAACAAACACAAUAUUUGAAAUAAAUGAAACCAAUAAAUCCCAUGACAACA